GGGCGAGGGGAGGGGAAGCUCUUGCUCGGCUGCCAGAGCCGCCGGAGAGACAGGGGAAGCUCAGGGCCGGGCGCUCCCGCUCUCCCACGGCUGCCGCCCCGGCACCCCCGGCGCUGGCCGCAGCGGGGCUGCCCCCGGUGGUCCCGGGUGCCAGGGGGUCCAUGCCAGCCGGAGCAGGAGCAGGAGGUGACUCUUCUCCUCCCUGGGGUGGCAUGGAGCAGCUGGAGUGACCUGAGGAGUCGUCGCAGUGAGUGGGGCUGCCGUGGAGCACCCCGGGGUGCCAGGGGCACGUGGGGUCCCCGGGCAGCAGAGCCCUCCUUGCAGCAGUGCCCACGGGGACCCCGGUGUCCCCCUGCUGAGCUGGGGGGUGGCAGGGUGCACCCCAGUGCCUGUCCCCAUGCGGGCACUGGCAGCCACGUGUGCCCCCUGCUCACGGACCCUCUGUCCCACAGGCGGUGCCCAGGAUGGGCUGCGUGCCCUGCAAGGAGAGGGGGGCUGGCAAAGGGCAGGCAGGGGGCGAGGGGGGCUCCCUCCAGCCCCCUGCCUCGCAGUACGACCCCGACCCCACGCAGCCAGGGGCCAUCUUCACCCGCAUCCCCGACUUCAACAACUUCCAGGGGCCAGCCGUGCCCCCGGCCCCGGAGCCGGGGGGCUUCACCUCCAGCGCGCUGCCAGCGCGGAGCGGGGGCAUCUCAGGCGGGGGGGUGACGCUCUUCAUCGCCCUGUACGACUACGAGGCCAGGACGGAGGAUGACUUGACAUUCCAGAAAGGGGAGAAGUUCCACAUCAUCAACAACACGGAGGGGGACUGGUGGGAGGCCAGGUCGCUGAGCUCGGGAGCCACUGGCUACAUCCCCAGCAACUACGUGGCCCCCGUGGACUCCAUCCAGGCAGAAGAGUGGUACUUUGGGAAGAUCGGGCGCAAGGACGCGGAGCGGCAGCUCCUGUGCCACGGCAACGCCAGAGGCACCUUCCUCAUCCGGGAGAGCGAGACCACCAAAGGUGCCUACUCCCUGUCCAUCCGGGACUGGGACGAGGCCAAGGGGGACCACGUGAAGCACUAUAAGAUCCGGAAGCUGGACAGCGGGGGGUACUACAUCACCACCCGGGCCCAGUUCAGCACCGUGCAGCAGCUGGUCCAGCACUACAUAGAGCGGGCGGCGGGGCUGUGCUGCCGCCUGGCUGUGCCGUGCCACAAGGGAACCCCCAAACUGGCCGACCUCUCAGUCAAAACCAAAGACGUGUGGGAGAUCCCCCGCGAGUCCCUCCAGCUCCUCAAGAAGCUGGGAAAUGGGCAGUUCGGGGAAGUCUGGAUGGGGACGUGGAAUGGCACCACGAAGGUGGCAGUGAAGACGCUGAAGCCAGGGACCAUGUCCCCUGAGGCCUUCCUGGAGGAGGCCCAGAUCAUGAAGCGGCUGCGGCACGACAAGCUGGUGCAGCUCUACGCCGUGGUGUCGGAGGAGCCCAUCUACAUCGUCACCGAGUUCAUGAGCCAGGGCAGCUUGCUGGAUUUCCUGAAGGAUGGGGACGGUCGCUACCUGAAGCUGCCCCAGCUGGUGGACAUGGCUGCCCAGAUUGCGGCGGGCAUGGCGUACAUCGAGAGGAUGAACUACAUCCACCGGGAUCUCCGCGCCGCCAACAUCCUGGUGGGAGACAACCUGGUGUGCAAGAUCGCCGACUUCGGCCUCGCUCGCCUCAUCGAGGAUGACGAGUACACGGCGCGGCAGGGUGCCAAGUUCCCCAUCAAGUGGACAGCUCCGGAGGCUGCACUUUUUGGGAGGUUCACCAUCAAGUCGGAUGUCUGGUCCUUUGGCAUCCUCCUGACGGAGCUGGUGACCAAAGGCCGCGUGCCCUACCCAGGGAUGAACAACCGGGAGGUGCUGGAGCAGGUGGAGCGGGGGUACCGCAUGCAGUGCCCGGGGAGCUGCCCCCCUUCCCUGCACGAGCUGAUGGUGCAGUGCUGGAAGAGGGAGCCCGAGGAGCGCCCCACCUUCGAGUACCUCCAGUCCUUCCUCGAGGACUAUUUCACUGCCACUGAGCCCCAGUACCAGCCCGGGGACAACCAGUGACCCGGGGCUGGCACUCCCCGCAAGCUGGGCUGGCUUUGGGGUGAAUCUCUUUUUUUCUUUAGAGGUGGUUGCUUCCUUUGUCUGUGCCCCCCCAAAAUGCCUUUUAGGGGUGCUCAGGGUGCCCAGGGCGGACACAGGGCUUUGCACAAGGAUGCUGGACUCAGAGAGAAAACAAAACUGUGCGCCCCAGCCCCCCCUUCCCCCACUCCCUUUAUUGCCUUCACACCCAGCUUUGAACCUGAGAGGGGCUUUGGCUGCAGGGGGGACUGUGGGGACCCCCGUGAACCCCCCCAGACCCACAGAGUAGCAGAGGGCUCGGGGGGAGCUCCCCACGCCAGCCCAAAUCUCUUCUGGGAGCACAGCUGCGUGGCGUCCCAAAGUCCUGGCACUGACCUGUGGGAGGUCAUCCCAACCCUCCCUCCCUUUGUCUCUCCUUUAAUUUAUAAGAUUUUAUAUGAUGCCUCCCCCAAGCAGCCAUCGACCCCACCAAGGGAUCCCAGUAUUUGGGGACCCCCUUGUCCCCCUCUUGCUUUCGUAGAGCCAAGUGCUGAGAGCCAAACACCCAGCCCUGCUUGCCCUGGGGGUGCUGCGGGGGGUCCUGGGGGGUCUGGGCAGGCUGGGGCAGCCCUGCCCCAGGGGCUGCUCCCUCCUGCCCCACCAGGCAGGACGAGGGCACGGGGUGGGCUCAGCAGCCCCACUGCCCCCGGGGCUGCAGCCUGGCUCCGUGACUGGGGGGACAUGUCAGUGUGAAUGCAGGGUGCCCCCCUGCCCCUCCAGCGCCCCCAUUUUGAGCGGGGUCCCAGUCCCGUGCCCCGUGGCCAGUAACGCCCCCACACCCCCAGGGCAGUGCCGUGGCGGGAGGGAAGGGCAGGGGAGGGAUCUGUUGUUUAUUUUUUUUUAUGAAGUCUGUAAAUACAGAGAAAUAAAACCUUUCUAACAA